AUGAAAAGUAUAAGAUUAUUAUUUCAUAUUCAUUAUUUAUCUUCACCAACGACUAAAUAUUUUUAUCAAUUGAAUUCUAUUCAAUCACGAUGUCUUCUUCAUACAUGUUUACCAUUGAUGAAUAAAGAUAUGGCGAAAAUGGAUUCAAUUGAAGAACAUCCUCAUAUGCGAAUCGUGGCUAGGGCGAUAAUUCAACAUAAACAACCAGAAAAUUAUAUGAUGCAUCAUGAAAUUUACUCGAAAAAAGAACUUAAUGAUAUUAAAAUAACACAUAAAAGAUUUGAAUCAUGGCAUGAUCGUGUAGCAUAUGGAGCUGUUCGAACUUUGCGCUUUGUUUUCGAUGUAUUUACUGGUUAUAUGCAUCCAUCACUACCAUCAAAAUCUGAUUUCAAAAACGAAGUUCAACAUUCACAUAAAACUAUGACCGAACAGCAAUGGUUGAGACGUUUUAUAUUUCUCGAAACAGUUGCUGGUGUACCAGGCAUGGUCGGUGGAAUGAGUCGUCAUAUGAAAUCACUUCGUACAAUGCGUCGUGAUUAUGGAUGGAUUCAUACUCUUUUGUCUGAAGCAGAAAAUGAACGUAUGCAUUUACUUACUUUUUUACAGUUACGACAACCAGGCUGGUUCUUUCGUGGAAUUGUUCUAAUUGGUCAAGGUGCAUUUUUUAAUGCUUUCUUUCUUACAUAUAUUCUUUCACCAAGAAUAUGUCAUCGUUUUGUUGGUUUUCUUGAAGAAGAGGCUGUUAUUACUUACACACGAUGUAUUGAAGAUCUUGAUGCUGGUAAGCUUCCGGCAUGGUCAGCCUUAUCAGCACCAAGUAUUGCUAAAAAUUAUUGGAAACUACCAGAAAAUGCUAUGAUGAGAGAUGUUCUAUUAGCUAUACGUGCUGAUGAAGCUACACAUCGCGAAGUCAAUCAUAAAUUAGCUGAUGUUGGACCUGAUGCACCGAAUCCAUUUGUGAUUGAAGCCAGGAGAACAGAAGAUCCAUCUGCUUAA